GCGCGCUGUCAGUCCUGCCCUCGCCCAGCGCUCUGGGCGAUGGCCGCCACUGCGGUCGUGCUGGCUGCAGCUCUGGGUGGAGGACUGCUCCUCAUCGCCCGCCGCUUCUGGGCGGCGGCCGGGAAGGUCAAGCGGAACGUGUCUGCCGCCGGCCAUAUGCAGGGCAAGACGGUGAUCAUCACCGGGGCCAACAGCGGCCUUGGGCGGGCCACGGCGGCCGAGCUGCUACGGAAACACGCGAGGGUCAUAAUGGCGUGCCGAGACCGCGGCCGUGCCGAGGAGGCCGCGCGCGAGCUCCGUGCUGAGGUGGGCCUGAGCUCUCGCGGCGGGGGCGAGUGCCGCGGGGAGCUGCUGGUGCGCGAGCUCGACCUGGCUUCGCUCCGAUCCGUGCGCAACUUCUGCCAGCAGGUGCUACAGGAAGAGCCCAGGCUGGAUGUCUUGAUCAACAAUGCUGGGAUAUUCCAGUGUCCUUAUAUGAAGACAGAGGAUGGUUUUGAGAUGCAGUUUGGUGUCAACCACUUAGGUCACUUCCUGCUUACAAACCUCCUUCUUGGACUUCUGAAAAACUCUGCACCCAGCAGAAUUGUAGUAGUGUCCUCCAAGCUUUAUAAAUAUGGAGAGAUCAACUUCGAUGACUUGAACAGUGAGCUAAGUUACAAUAAAAGCUUUGCCUAUAGUCGAAGCAAACUGGCUAACAUACUCUUCACCAGGGAGUUAGCCCGGCGCUUAGAGAACACCGGGGUCACAGUCAAUGUGCUACAUCCUGGCAUUGUCCGAACAAACCUAGGUAGGCACAUACAUAUUCCUUUACUAGCCAGGCCCUUGUUCAAUUUGGUAUCCUGGGCUUUCUUCAAGUCUCCGUUGGAAGGAGCCCAGACUUCUGUUUAUCUGGCUUCUUCUCCUGAAGUAGAGGGUUUCUCUGGAAAGUACUUUGGGGACUGCAAAGAGGAGCAGCUGUUGCCCAAAGCCAUGGAUGAUUUGGUUGCAAGGAAACUGUGGGAUAUCAGUGAAGUGAUGGUUGGGCUACUAAAAUGAAUUCCUGAGAGAAGCACUGUAUGAAAGGUGUGUGUGUGUGUGUGUGUGUGUAUUUUUUUUUUUUUUUUUCAGGACUUCUCAGUUUCCUGCCUCUUACCAUUUUGGCUUCACUGAGAGAGAGGAAUCUCCAGUUAUUUUCCCUCUGUUCUUGGGAUUCAAAUGCAGGAUCUAGGAAAAAGCUCACAGUAGAAAAUAAGUGCAAUAUUUAAGGAACAAAUGAGAGUGUAUGGGUACAAUACAGUGAGGCUGCCUGCCAGGAGGACAGCCAUGCUGAAGAUCUUCAUGUUCCUGCUCCCAUGCAAAAUAAUUAGAUGGCCUGUUUUGGCUGCCCUAAGCAUUUGGCUUUGGAGCAGGCAAGGAGUGCUGCAGAGAUACUUCCUAUAUUGGCAGAGCCUGUCUUGUCCCCCUCCCACCCCAAAAGCCCAUCUCUGAUGUCACUUUUGUGACCUCGGAGCUACACCCAUGCUUCUAUCUAGCAGCCAUUGGACUGUGCUGUAAGCCAAUGUUGGUUGAUGUUCCACACACACACACUCAUGUACACAUGCACACAUGCAUGCAUGCACAUACAUACAAACACAUGAAAAAUGCCUGCUCUCUGAUGUGUGUGCUGACAGUCCAGAGCUUCAUUUCAGAAUUAGUUGUGUAUGGUGCUGUAUUCAAAAGUUGUGGCAGCUUUGUUUUUGCAUUCUAAAAAAGUGCCCCAAGAAAACUAGAGAGAGAAACUAUAUGUGAGUGCUUUGAUCAGUAUGAAUAUUUCUGCUUUGCGGGGAAAAUGCAGCCCGAAAGAGUGUAGGCAGACCUGGCCAGAGAUGUAAUAACACCCUUGCACAAUGGCCCUCUAGAAUGUGGGACAGAGCCCAGUGUUCUUAAGGCCUACAUGUUUCUGCAACAAUGGAUUCUACCUUCAUGUUGUUUAUCCUGCUCAGCAGUGUGGCCAACUGCUGAGGCUCUUUUCCCAGCCCCUGGGCUUGUCGGUGAGACACUCUUUUCUGGCCAGGAGCACGUCACAUUUAGCAAAAACUUGAGAGGGAUGGUAUGGCAAGAGUCAAGCCAUUUGCUUUGGAGAUGCUUGCUGAGCUCCAGUCCACAACAGCCUCCAGUUUUAUUGAUGUGCUUGUACAUAUGAAGUAGGUGUGUCAUUUUUCCAGAAUCACACAAGAUGGCAGGUCUGCACUGUUGACCACAGCUGUCACCCUAAGCAUUGCUGUAUGUCACUUUGGAAUCUAUAGAAUUUGCUAAUUCUGUUAUGUAAGAUGAGUAGACUGGUGUCUUCAGGAUAACUUUGCAUGGUUCAUAUUAAUGAAAUAUGAAUGGGGGUAUAGCAAUAAACUGAAAACUAAAACCUCACUCCGGGUGCAUGUAAUCACAAGAUGUGAAUGACACAUGAAUGAUUAUGCAUCAACUAUAAACCCUAAAUCCCACGACUGCUACCUGUGGUGCAUCCACAUUAGUGUGGGCCACUUGGCUGGGCAAAGUGGGCUGUGGAUUUGCCACACUUCCACUGAGUAGUUCAGUGCUGUUGAAAACUAUUGGACUCCACACUCAUUUUUGAAUUUGCCAUAGAAAUCAAUGACAAAUAUAGGUCCAGAUGGAGUGUCAGGUUGGCUUGAAUUAUGUGUAGGUCCAUGCCCGAUGAUGCAGCCUAGGUCUUCCAGAGGAACCAAACUGAUAAACAGUCAUCUCUGUCUGUGUGAUUGCACAGUAGCAUGGGUUAACCUGGGUUUCACCUGCACAGACAUUGGUGUGCACUCUUCAGAAUGUGCCUAGUUUAGUCUUCAAUAACACCAGAUAGAAAGUCCAUAUAUAGAACCUCUGCUGUGCAGAGUGGUUAAUGUUUAGUUUUGGCAUAAAUUACAUAAAUGUGCCUCAAUUUGUUCUUUGUAAAUAAAAUUAUAUCCUAAA